AAAAUUUAAUGAUGGAUCCCCGUACUAGUGCCCAGGACCUGAUGCGAUGCGACCUGUGUGAGACCGCUGUGGUACAGAUGCACUGUGAUACAUGUCUUGUCAACCUGUGUACAGCUUGUGUUGGAAAACAUUUUUCUGCUGAUCUUUCAAAACCUCAUAAAAUUGUUGACUUCCAAGAUAGAAAAUCCACUCCCAUCUACCCUGGAUGUAAAACUCAUGACAAAGAACAAUGUGAAAUGUACUGUAAUAAAUGUGAUAUUCCUGUCUGUCUUAGCUGUCUCACAUCUAAUCAACAUUUAGGUCAUGAAUUAUCUAAAUUCUUGGAAGUUUUCAAUGAAAAAAUGGAAAUUAUUAAACAAGAACACAAUGAAUUAAAUGAUAAAAUUUAUCCAACCUACCAGGACAUUGCCUCUGAUCUACAAAACAGAAUGAGUCAAUUAGAAAAGGAAUAUGGAGAUCUCUCAACAGCCAUAACAAAACAUGGAGAGGACUGGCACAGAGAAAUUGACAAACUUGUCAAGAAAUUAAAAGCCGAAGUUCAUGAGAUGAAAAAUACACAGUUACAAACUCUACAGAAACAUCUGGAUGAAAUAAACCAGAAAAUUUCUGACAUCAAGGAUGAAAUUAAUAAAUUUGAAACUGCUAUAGACUGUAAUGACUUGUCAAAACUAUUAAGCAUCACAUCUAAUGUACUGUUAUAUAGGAAUCUUCCACACAAAAUCAUGUCAUCUUUACCCAAAUUCACUCCUGGAAAAAUCCAAGGAGAACUUUGUAAACUGUUUGGAGCCUUAUCAUCAAGUUCCUUAAUAUCAGAUAAACAUGGCUACAGCAUGAAGACAACACAGAAAUCACCAGAAACUGGAUCCUCUCCUCCAGUCAAACAGCUACUUGAUAAACCAGAGACUGUCACCACCAUACACACUGGGUAUAGAGACAACCUUUACAAUGUGGUCUGUCUGAGUGAUGAAGAAAUCUGGACAAGUGGAUAUGACAGCACCACGAAACUAUACAGCAUCAAUCAGGGAUCACUAGUCAAGUCAAUCACAACCAAGUCAGGGAAAAUACCAUUGGACAUAGCAGUGAAGAAAAGUGGAGAUCUAGUUUAUACUGAUUACAAAGAUAGAACUGUGAACACUGUGAAGAAUGAGAAGAUAGAGGAGGUGAUCAGACUACAGAACUGGAAACCUAAAGGUGUCUGUACUACCUCCUCUGGUGACCUCCUGGUUAUCAUGGUCAGUGAUGAUGACACACAAACAAAAGUUGUCUGUUACUCUGGCUCCACAGAGAAACAAAGCAUUCAGUUUGAUGAUAAAGGUAAACCUCUCUAUUCACCUCGUUCUCUUUAUAACAGAUACAUAACUGAGAACGAGAACCUGGAUAUCUGUGUGUCUGAUGAUAGAGCUGGAGCAGUAGUGGUGGUCAAUCAGGCCGGGAAACUGAGAUUCAGGUACACUGGACAUACUGCUGCUCUAAAGAACACACCAUUCUAUCCACGAGGAAUCACCACAGACAGUCAGAGUCACAUCCUUACAGUUGAUGUUAACAAUUACUGUGUCCACAUCAUAGACCAGGAUGGACAAUUCCUCCGUUACUUAGACUGUGGACUGAGUCGACCCUGGGGUCUAUGUAUAGAUACAAAUGACAAUCUGUUUGUUGCUCAAUUGUGGAACAAACAUGUGAAGAAAAUCAAAUAUCUGCAGUGAAUUACAUGUAUACAUGUACAUCUCUGUGUUAUAUUCUAUAUAAGGGGUAUGCAAAAUUACUGAUGUAUCAGUAUGCUACA